CAUGAAAACUUGUUAAUACAAAAGACAGCCUCGCACAAGUGUUUUGACGUUUACAGAAUUCUCUUCCUCCUAAAAGAAAUGUGAAACAGAUUUUCAAGAAUAAUUCGAUCGAUGCGCGCUCGUUUUUCCAUCGCCAAUAAUUGAUUGUGACUUGCCUAGAAUUUUCAAUGGGCCGAAAUGAGAAGAGUCGCUAAGCAACAACAUGUUUAACCCAAGAGCAUCUCAGUCUACUCCACUGUUGUCGUGGUACUGAAAUAAACAAGACUGUCGAGGACAAGAAAAAAUAGUCAAAAUGGACCAAAUGCUGCCGAGCCCGGGGUUCAGUAUCCCCAGUAUUGGAACUCCCUUGCAUCAGCCGGAGGAGGAUCAACAGAUUCUUCCGAAUGCCUUGCAACAGCAACAACAGUCACAGCAGCAGUAUCAGCUGCAACAAUUGCACACGAUGAGUCCAAAUCUGCAGAGUGGAAUGCUAAUGUUGACACCACAGAGAACAAUGCACACUUAUGCCCCAACUCCAGCCUUUGCGACUCCACAAAGUUUAAUGCAACCCCAGACUCCACAAAAUAUGAUGUCACCAAUGCAGCCUGCCAAUCAAAUAGCACCACCUUCGAUAGGCCCUUCAACACCUGGCCCAAUGACACCAAUGACACCAGCAUCAGCUGAUCCUGGAAUUCUACCACAAUUACAGAAUAUCGUGUCUACAGUUAACUUAAAUUGUAAACUAGACUUGAAAAAAAUUGCACUCCACGCUAGAAAUGCUGAGUACAAUCCAAAGAGAUUUGCCGCUGUUAUAAUGAGAAUUCGUGAGCCACGCACCACAGCCCUCAUAUUCAGCAGUGGCAAAAUGGUCUGCACUGGGGCUAAGAGUGAGGAGGACUCACGAUUGGCAGCAAGAAAGUACGCCAGAAUAAUCCAAAAGCUCGGAUUUCCGGCAAAGUUUUUGGAUUUUAAAAUCCAGAAUAUGGUGGGCAGCUGUGAUGUAAAAUUUCCAAUCAGAUUGGAAGGAUUGGUUUUGACUCAUGGGCAAUUCUCCUCGUACGAACCGGAAUUAUUUCCCGGGUUAAUUUAUCGUAUGGUCAAACCGAGAAUUGUGCUACUUAUAUUCGUUUCAGGAAAAGUGGUGCUGACAGGUGCAAAGGUACGUCAAGAAAUUUACGAAGCAUUUGAUAAUAUCUAUCCAAUAUUGAAGAGUUUCAAGAAACAAUGACACAUUCGUUUCAUGAUUCCAAACUUUGAUUGUACCAGACUUUCCAUAGUUUUUUAUUAUCAAAUACAAAAGUACAAUAUAGACUUGAUUAUGUGACUUAUCAAUUUAUCACAAUAUUAUAAGCUACAUCUACAGUUAUGAGAAUGUUAUGUACAGUAGAAUGGUCGAGUAAUGUGGACUCAAUCUCAGCACUCUAAGAUACUUGAGUUUAUUUAUUUCUGACUAAAGAGCAACGAUUCCCUUCGAUACAAAAGGAUGAAAUAUAAAAUAAGUUUAAGAGUGAACUCCAGUGAUGCUCUCGGUUUUAUUGAAAACCGUCUCGAGUUGUAAUGCAAUGCUGACUUCUAAUUUCUUCAUAAUUAUAUUCAAUAAUAUUUGUACAAUACUCUGGGACCAUAGAAAGUACUAGUUGAUUAAAAAAUUCCACCUCGAAAGCUAAUGUAUGUUGAUAAAAAUUUAUAAAGAGA